AUGCCUGCACCAGGCGAUCAAUACCGCGACACGCCCGCCAGCGUCAAUCCGUUCCGCGGCGACGAACGACAUACUUCCGAGUACACCGCACAGCAGAUCGCCACCCUCCAGAGCAGGCUCGAGAAGCAGCUUGGCCCAGAAUACAUAUCAACACGCCCAGGAAAUGGAGGUGGCAAGGUUCACUAUCUGGCCGCCGAGAAGGUCAUAAACCUCGCGAACGAGGUCUUCGGAUUCAACGGCUGGAGCUCGUCCAUUCAGAACGUGCAGAUCGACUUUGUGGACGAGAAUGCAACAAAUGGCAGGAUUAAUCUGGGCUUGUCCACCAUAGUUCGAGUAACGCUGAAAGACGGGACAUUCCAUGAAGACAUUGGCUAUGGACACUGUGAGAACGCCAAGGGCAAGGCCGCCGCUUUCGAGAAGGCAAAGAAGGAGGCCGCCACUGACGCGAUGAAGAGAGCGCUGCGAAACUUUGGCAAUGUCCUCGGCAACUGUCUCUACGACAAGGACUACCUUGCGAAAGUGUCAAAGGUGAAGGUUGCCCCUUCGAAGUGGGACGCCGACAACUUGCACAGGCAUCCAGAAUAUGCGCCCAUCAAGAAAGAGCCUGCCUCUACGGAGCAGCCUCCACAGAACAAAGCGGCGGCAGUGCAGAGGAACACCAGCGUUCAGUCAGUGCAGUCUGCUGGGUCUUUUGGAUCUGCCGAAUUUGAAGACGAUUUUGGAGGUAACAUCUUCGACGAAACCGACUUCAACCAUCCCGAUGAGGUUCGACUGGACGAUACCACAGUCAGCGAUGUUACCUCACCAGCGAAGAAUGCCAACCCGCCUCAGAAUGGACCAGAAGCAAACGGGCAGCGGCAAGGCGUUCCACGUAUGCAUUCUAUGCCACAGAUGCGGCCGCCAAAUGUGCAACCGCCAGCUCCUGUGCAAGGUAUCCAGGCUCCACAGCGACCGCAGCCGCCUCAACGCCCACCAGCCAACGCAGGUCAGCCUGCCAACAAAAUGCUUCCUCCGCACACGCCGGGCAAUGCACAGAGACCCCAACAGAUCCCUGCCGCCCAAGCACUGCAGAACGGUGAUGGUGUAAGGUCGAACCCGUCCUCGGGUUCAACGACUGACACGUCGAAUCAAGCACAGUCUCGGCCUUCGACGGGACCCAACGGGCAAGCACAGAGACCUGAUCAGCCCGACGAAUCUGGGUUCGCAGGUCCUCGUCAACCGCCUCAGGGUAUACCGGAAGGGUUUGUGACAGGAAGGAGCGCUGACGUGCUGAACAAACCCGCUGGAGCACGACCACCGCCUAUCGAUUUGGCUUUCAAUCCGCAUGCAGAGAGUCCCUCAAUCAGAAGAACGCAAGGCAUCAAUCCUGGCAAAUCAGCCCCCGUCAGUCGAUUACAAGUCAAUGGGGCUGCGAGUGGUAGUGCGCAGCCGGCACAGCAGCAGCAACCUGCAGGAGGUGGUUUUCAGACUGCUGGUGGGAACGGAAUGAACGGUGCGCCUCGACCGACCACAACCAACUACGUCAACCCCUCCGCCGACAUGAACCGAAGAGUAGGAAUGCCCCCGGCAGGAGGAUACCAAAACAGAGGAGGAUAUCGCCCUCCAGCACCUGCAGCUGCAACCAAGCGAUCUGCCAUGACGGACGUCACCAACAUACAUCAAAUGGACGGCGCCUCGGAUCCUAAGAAGCUGAAGACAGACACUGCUACACCAGCGCAAGGCGACAGUGUCCAGAGCAAUGAUUCAAACGGUCUGGCGAUCUGA